AUGGCAACCCGACACGAAACACUAUUGGAGAGUGUCAACCCAGAUAACCUUGCGGCCCAGACCACAGCGCUGCUGGAGUCCUGGGACAGAGAAGGAGCCGCCCAAUACAACCGAAUACUGGAAGAAAGCGAGCUGAGAGGGAGCGGACCAGCAGUAACGUUCCAAGACCCAAGCUCCAGGACUAGUUCCCCAGGAGGAAGGGCAGAAGUGAGACGAAGCAGUGUGACCAGCCAGCAUCCAGGACAACCAAGUGCAACUACACAAAGAAGCACCUUCGUCGUCAGCCAACCCACCAGGAGGACGACUGAGGGGCAUGGAAGCAAGGAACCAGCAACAGAGCAGAGAUCCUCUCUCCCGCAAUGGGCUGAGAGAGGACUAUGGAAUAUCCAAGACAGGAUGAACGAAGCAUUCAAUGACAAAUUCACCUUACAAGACAGGGUCAACACUGAAGCAAGAAGAGAGCGAGGAGAAAUCCGCGCACACCAUCAAGAUCUCAAGAAUGAGGUAAGACUCCUGGGCAACCACGUCGACAAGCGACAAAGUCGACAUGAGGACUGGCUGAAGGGUCUGGAACGAGGACAGCAUGACGAUCUGAUGACAGGAGUGAUAAUUGAACAACAAAUGGAGAACGUCAAUUCAAGGGCAGCCCGGACGGAAGAAGCCCUAAGAAAACUGGGAGAAGUCAUUGAAAGGACAAGACAGGAGACCCGUGAGGAAAACAGGGAAUUGUGGAAAGAAACCCAGAAAGUCAAAGCUGACGCGCGCAAACUAAGAGAAGAUACGGUCCGCGACAGUGAAGACAUACUGAAUCUGACCCGGACCUUACAUGAGAUCCUGGAGGACAACGAUGAUGAGGAAGGCUCCGAGGAAGAAUCCGAGAAGGAAGAAGACGGAUAUGAGGAAGAAGAAGACGAGGAAGAUGAACACGGGUCACUAAGAGAUCCAGAAGGAGCAGUAGGAUAUGCCAUACCCAUGAGGGAAGGCGAGUGUCCCUCCUGUCACCAGAUGUUCAGAGGAGCCAGAGGGUUGACACAACACAGACGACAAUCCCAAAAUCCAGCCUGUCAACAAGGGAUAGUCAAGAUACGACUGAACGACGACCAGCGAGAAACAAUGUUGCUCCUAUCCCCGGCCAUGACUGCUCUAGGCCUGAAGAGCCUCAAGAAAAUGAAGAAAGGAGUAGAAAAAGGAGUCAGCACCAUGCGCCGAGGAAUGAAGAAAGGGCUGGACGAGAUAGAAUGCGGAGUUAAAAAGGGCAUCAACAAAUCCAGGAAAGGAUUGGAAAAGGAACGGAAAGAAGAUAAGAAGAGACAAAAGCACCGACCCAGGCCCAUGGAGGAGGAGACAGAUGAAUCGGAGCAUGAAGCAGAAAUAAUGGCCCCACUGGUAAUCAAGAACAACCGAAUCAACUAUGAACCAUGGAAGCACAGCGACUGUGAGUCCUGCAUGAACAAACUGCCAGUGCUGGAGGACGGGGCAGGAAUGUGGAUAAGCCAGUUUGAAAAGGAAAUGAUCAACAUUCAUGUGACCCUAGGAGAUGUGAAGUACCUCCUCAACAAAACUAUAGGAUAUGCAGACACUGAUGCUGUCUUUAAGGCAGCAGGACUAGGGGACAUCAUGUCACAUUCCGCUAAGGAUUGCUACAACCUGAACCACUUCCGCUCGAAGAUUUGGGAGGAGCUACGGAAAAAGUACCCGACUAGAUGCACAGGAGAUUUUAUAGGAAAAAUGAAGGACGAUGACAACCCAGCAGUAUUCAUCAGCAAGGCAGCACAGGAGUAUAAGAUAAGAAUGGACAGAGAACCUGACUCUGCACCGGCUGACCGCAUGAUGUUCAGGAAAGCAAUCAUGAAUGCUCUCCCAGAGGCCGUGAGGGCAAAAGUAAAGGCGGAAUCACGUAUAGAAACCACCUCACGGGAAGAAUUCACCACCAUAGUGGUCUACCAUGUCAACUCAUACAGAGAAGAGCAAGAAGAGAGAAAACGCCGCAAUGAAGACGCACUAUACAAAUUAACUCAAAUGCAGAUCCAGGAGGUAAGCAAGAAUGCCAAAAAGGAGAAACUGGGAAUCCAGGCUGCCGUAGUAAAUCAAGGAACCAAUCUAACCCCUCAACAAGCACCAGGAGGCGGGAGUCAGCCUCCUGUGAGUGCCCCUGCGAAUGCCCCUGUGAGUGCCCCUGUGGGUGCCCCUGUGAGUGCCCUGGAACAAGCACAACUCGCCACACAACAGCAACUAGGGCUCCUGCAACAAUCAAUUCAAACCUUGGUAAACAACCAGCAGAGAGGCCAAGGACAGAGACAGUGGAACCCAAAUAGACAGCAAAAGGGAAGACAGGGAGGACAGGGCCAGGGAAAUAACCAAGGUAACCAACAACAAUUCAAUAACCAACCAGGUUGCUGGACAUGCGGAGACCUGAAUCACAUAAAGAGAAAUUGCCCCAAAUGGCUGAGCCAACAGGGCCUGAACCCGCAGCAACUUGGACAGCAACAACAACAGGCUGUGAAUGACCCAACAGGAACCAACACAGGGGCAGGAGGACUGCAACAAAUCCCACAAACACAAACCGGAGCCCAAGGGCCAGCUUCCCCGUAUGGGGGAGCCCCUUAUUGA